GUCAAUUGUUUAAAAUGACAUCCUUUUUUCGUAUCAGUUCACAAAUAGCAAGUGUAGGUGUAGGUUUUAUAUUUAGCUAGAAAAUGGUGUAUCUAAAUCAAGAAGACUUCGGUACAUUUAAAAAUGAAAUAGUGAAGAAGUUCACUUGGCGGACGGAUAGAGGGUUUUCUGUGUCUGUGAUUUCUUAUGGAGCCAUCAUACAAUCUAUUCGGGUACCCGACAAAGAUGGUAUCAGCAGAGACGUGGUCCUAGGUUUCGACAAUCUAGAUGGCUAUGUGACCAGAAAUAGCCCCUACCUGGGGGCUACAGUUGGUCGAUGUGCCAACAGAAUAGGAGGUGCUGAGUUCCAAAUAGAUAGCAAAACGUAUAUAGUGGCUAAGAAUAUUGGUAAUGAUCACUUGCAUGGCGGAAUCGUCGGAUUUGACAAGGUAAACUGGACUUCAUCAGUUGAUGGUACAAAAGUAACAUUCAGUUAUUUAUCCAAGGACGGUGAAGAAGGCUACCCUGGGAACCUUAUAACCAACGUCAUCUAUGAGGUGACAGAUGACGAUGCUCUUCAUCUUACCUUUAAGUCGAUAACAGAUAAGAAGACCUUGUUGAACCUGACCAAUCACUCGUAUUUCAACCUGGCCGGCCAUGACGCCGGUGCAGACGGUUUAUUUGAUCAUGUAAUCAGUAUUAAUGCUGAUAAGAUAACAGAAACAAGUUCAGAGUCUAUCCCCACCGGCCGCUUUACCAAAGUGGGCGGGACCCCGUUUGACUUACGUAUUCCCAUUCGUCUUGGAGACGCUAUGAGCAAAGCAGACGAUUUGUUUGAUGAUAACUUCUGUGUUACUACGUUUGGGAGAAAGGAUUUGACCUUCGUCUCCCGAGUAUACCAUCCAGACACAGGAAGAUAUCUAGAACUCUACAGCAACCAGCCCGGAGUCCAACUAUACACUGGCAAUUCUCUCCCAGAUCCAUCAGAUUCUGCCCUCAUUGGUAAAGAUGGGGUCGGAUAUAGACGCCAUGGAGCAUUUUGUUUGGAAACCCAAAAUUAUCCAGAUGCCAUACAUCAUAAUAAUUUCCCUGAUGGAGUGUUGAAGCCGGGAGAUGUGUAUGAACAUAAAGUUGUAUACCGUUUUGGUGUGGAAAGAAACAAUGGACCACGUGUUGUCAGCGUUUGAUUUUUAAUGAUAGGUUCAUUUUGUUUCCACUGUUCGGAAAAAUGGCUUUUUAGCCGUAACUGAUAAACUGUAUUUAUAUUUUUUUAUUUAAUUAUGAAUAAUCUUGAAACU